UCUGCGGACGUUCACGGAUCACCUACUUGCUGCGAGCAUAUUCCUCUAUUGUCAACCCCUUGCAGUUCUCUCGCUUGUCACUCCGUUCGAUGGCUGACUCUGCUUCAUCUCCUUUCAAGAAAGUCCAGAUUCAAAGGGAUGACACUACAUUUGAUGCAUAUGUUGUUGGGAAAGAAGAUGCUCCUGGAAUUGUUGUGCUUCAGGAAUGGUGGGGCGUGGAUUUUGAAAUCAAGAAUCAUGCUUUGAAGAUUUCUCAACUUGGUUCUGGAUUCAAAGCUCUUAUCCCAGAUCUGUAUAGAGGAAAGGUUGGUCUUGAUGCGGCAGAAGCACAGCAUUUGAUGGAUGGUCUCGACUGGCAGGGAGCUGUAAAGGAUAUCCAUGCUUCAGUUAACUGGCUUAAAGCACAUGGUUCAAAGAAGGCUGGCGUGACAGGAUAUUGCAUGGGGGGUGCACUCUCCAUUGCGAGUUCUGUGUUGAUUCCAGAGGUUGAUGCUGUUGUAUCUUUCUAUGGAGUUCCUUCUUCAGAGCUUGCAGACCCUAGUCAAGCCAAGGCUCCAGUUCAGGCCCACUUCGGAGAGCUAGAUAAUAUUGUUGGCUUCUCAGAUGUUACGGCUGCCAAGACCUUGGAGGAGAAGCUGAAGUCAUCUGGAGUGCCUUAUGAGGUACACAUAUAUCCCGGAAAUGGACAUGCAUUCAUGAACACGUCUCCUGAAGGAAUUAAGAGGAGGAAGAGCAUGGGAAUGCCUGAUGAAGAUGAAGCUGCGGUCCAACUGGCUUGGUCACGCUUCCAAUCCUGGAUGACUCGUUACUUGUCUGACUGAUUAAUUUUCUAGCUGGCUAGAGUUGUCACCUACUGGAUCUAUCAAGAGUGAUAUAGGGUUUAUCAGCCCACAAACUUAAAGCUUUGACUCGUGAGCAUACGCUUGUUCGCACUCUUGGGUUGUUUCUUUGUAUGGAAAUCGAGAAAGCUUGUGGUUUUCCUGUAGUUACGUAAUUAUGGUGUUUGGCUGGUGCCUAGUGGUAUGCAACAAAAUUGAAGCUCGGACUUGGGAGCACUGUAGUUUUAAUUUGUGGGUUGCUUUUUGAUGUUUGAGACUUUAAGUACAUCUUCGAGAAAAAUUCUCUCGAGAAUAAUCUGGAAAGGUUGUAUUGUUCCUGUAACUACGUAAAUAUGGUGUUUGGUACUUUGGUUAACGCUACUGCGGCCGAUAAAUUGUUCGAUGCUUCUCUGCUGCUAUUUA